AUGGCCGCCUUCGUCGGAGCUUCUCUUCUCUUUGCCGCUGUUGCUGCGGCGCAGAAUAGCUGUUCAAUCAUCCCCAUAUACGUCGACUUCCAUGACAGGGCGGUCGAUGGCGGCAUAAAUAUGCAAUAUGGCCUUUUCGCCGGAAUAGGAUUCCCAGUAUCACAGAAUCAAUCUCUAUGGCCGUCGCUGUCGUCCAAUGAAACGACAGUGGCCAGUCUCGACUACUGCAGCAAUAGUCCGUUCGCUGACUGCCUCAAUCGUGAUCAUGGUUUCUACUCGCCAGAUCCGUCAAAGAAUUAUACCGAUGCGUCAUCAUAUCAACCACGCGACGAACAUGGAUCGAUACCCGCAACGAUUGUCGGGACCGUGCUGGACACUUUCAAUGUCUUUACACACUACUUUGACCCGUCGCCAGCAACUAUCACCCGAAUAGCGAACUACCCAGUCACAAUGCUGUCGAACUACUCGUCUAGCAGGACGCCAUGGUUUGGUCCUGCCGGCCUCAUGGGCCUUGGGCCCGACAGCACCCUCCUUGACCACCUUUACAACAACCAGCUCAUAUCCUCGCGAUCUUUUGGCUUGUACAUGGGUACUGCGUAUGAACAAUCGAACGGUGCACUCAACGGCUCUCUCACUCUAGGCGGUUAUGAUUCAGGUCGAUUUGAGGGCGUCGUACAUAAUUACACCAUAAGCCAGGCCCGUGCGGAUGCAGCUUACAGCCCCUUCAAGGUAUCGAUCCAGCAGAUGACACUUACCGACGAGUCCAGUGGAAAGAAGACAGACUUUCUCACUGACGCAUUCGACGCUCAUAUCACCACCUCGCAGUACCAACUCAAUCUGCCUAACAAUGUCCUCCAACAAUUCUCGGGCGCAACGGGUGCUAUACCCUCCAACGACGAACUCAACGUCUAUCGUCUUCCUGACGACUUCAACUCCAAGUUGACAAUCACUCUUGAUUCCGGCCUCGAGAUCACCUACGAUGCCAAUUGGUUGAAAAACGUCUCGAACAACUCCCCCAUCUCCGCUGACGCCAUUCCAGACAGCGCUACAAAUGGAACGAUCGGUCUCCUUGGCAGCGCCUUCCUCUCCAACGUCUACUUCAUUGCAAACUACGACUCCAAGCCACCAACAUUUCACCUCGCCCGAGCAAUGCCACACGCACCGUACGUCUUCACAGAGACUCUAUGCCCAAACACAGUCCCCACAGCCGCACCGCAGCAUAAGAUUUCCAGUUUUGCGGCUUCGGGCAUGGCCGGUGCAAUCGUCGGUGGUGUAAUAGGGGGCAUCGGCCUGGGAUUUGCCAUCUUCUGGCUCUUCAGAAAAUGCAUGCAGCGCCGCAUGUGGCGCGAACAGGCCCGCAACAGCAUCAAGGGAAAGGCCAUAGACAAUGAAUCUACCAUCGGCGGCACCAUCUUGGUUGGCGGAAAAGGCAAAGGCUCACCCUCGACCAUGACAACGGAGAUAGAUGAGGGCGACAGCAGCGAAAUGGCGACAUUCGCAUUCGGUUUCAAUUCGCAACAGCAUCAGGCGUAUGCCACUUACCUCAACAGCGCGACGCAACAGGCACAACAGCAACCGCAGGAUCAGAACCAAUCACGCGUGUCACGAACAUAUAGCCAAUUCGUCAAGCAAAUCUCGGGCGAGAACCUCGCCUCGUCGCGAGAAUCCCUCCCCAUGAACGCAGCUCCCCAGUCACGACCCCAUCCCCUAACGCAACCGCAUAACCCCGUGUCUCCUAUCAACCUUCCAACCCUGCAAUACGCGCGGCCCCUCACCUCUGACUCCUAUGAAACCCCCAUAACGCCAGCCACAGGCGUGCCAUUACUGUUCUCAUCAUCCCAACCCGUCCAGUCGGACUCGGACUCGGUGAUUCAGACGUCCAAGCACGGGCCUUUCCACCCCAUGACGCUCAAGCGUAGCAACGACUCGGACCCCAACACGACGAGCACGUUCCCCUUCAGAGAGGGACAGGGACAGGCACGACGCCAAGAAGAUCGCUCCUCCUUCCGCACCAGGCAGGCCAAUGCCAAUGCCAAGCUGAAGGGACUGAAUGUGCAGACCGAGUUUGCGCCUCCCCCGAGGGCCGUGUCCGAGAAAAUGGCAAAGAAGGCGGUGGGCAAGGAAGGCGGGGGGAAGCAAGGGCUGUUGAAGAAGAUGUUUCCUCCGUCUUCGUAG